AUGUGCCACUUUCAGGUCUCCUCACACUGCUUGUGUUUUCAAUUUUUUGACAUAGGGUGCUGGCAGAUUACGGGCCUCCCAUAGCUGCUGCCAGGCCCCUAAUCUGCCAUGGGCCCCUAUAUACCGCCUCCUCAUGCUGCUGCCAAGUCCAGAGUCUCUCAUGGGUCCCUGUACGGCCUCCCAUUGCUGCUGUCUCCAUCGCCACACUCUGCCAUGUGCCACUUUCAGGUCUCCUCACACUCCUGCUGGUUUCCAUUUUGUCAUAGGUUGCUGUAUGGCCUCCCAUUGCUGCUGCCUCCACCGCCACACUGUGGCUCCAAACACUGGUUUUUGGCCCCGUGACUGGCCAAAUGAGUGAAGUGUGCGGUGAUUCUAAGAUCGACGGCACUCAUCUGCAUGUCAUACUG